AGUUACCAAGCCCCUCCACCACUAACGACCGGGUUGUCGCAUUUUCAAACCCAUUCCUGGCUCGAGUCCCUCUGUCGCAAGUUCAAAUGUCGCGGCUCCGUCCUUCCUGUGCUCUUCUAUCCUCCUGCUCACCUGGAGAGGGAUCGCUCUGAGAUGGGAAUCAGCUGAAUCUUGGCCUCAGCAACUCUUGGCUCUCUUUUCACCGAGCUGUUGAGCUUCUAUCGCUUGCUACCUUAUCUCCCUCGCGUCGAACUUCCGAGACUUCACUUCUGGCCAUUGUUCAAAAUGGCCUCGAGAUCGAUAUCCACCGACAAGUCCCGAACCUACAGCACUUCGACAUCGUUUAGCCUGACCGUCCUCAUCUCUGGCUCAGGGACCAAUCUACAAGCCCUGAUCAACGCCUGCGGCCAAGAUCCUCUUGGUCCUCCUACCAGAUCCAAACCAGCUUCCCGACAGUUUCUUCCAAAUGCCGAAAUAUCACAUGUGAUAUGCAACCGUCGUGAAGCGAAGGGCAUUGCUCGUGCUCAAGACGCUCACAUCCCGGUGACAUAUCACAACCUGCUGUCGUACAAGAAGAAAUUCCCAGACACCGAGGCCGGGGUCACAGCUGCCCGGAAUCAGUACGACACGGAUCUGGCCCAGAAGAUCCUCACGCAUAUUCCUUGCCCGGACCUGGUAGUCUGUGCAGGCUUCAUGCAUAUCCUGUCGCCAGUGUUCAUCAACGCCCUGGCCUCGGCGAAUGUGCCCAUCAUCAACCUCCAUCCCGCGUUGCCGGGCCAGUUUGACGGGGCAAACGCCAUCGGGCGUGCCUACGAGGCCUUUCAAAGGGGGGAAAUUUCUGGUACGGGAGUCAUGGUCCACUAUGUGACCGCCGAAGUGGACCGGGGCGCCCCCGUCCUGGUGAGGGAGAUCGAGAUAAAAGCCGGAGAGCCGCAAAGUGAGCUGGAGGAGAGGAUACAUCAAACGGAAUGGAAGCUUAUUGUCGACGCCACGGGCAAGGUGCUGGAAGACCUGGAGGCGAAACGGAGGCAGGAGAGUUAACAAUGUUCGCCUCGGGUGGGUUGAGAUGCGAACUGUUGAUGGAUGUUGCAGACAAAGCAGUGCGAGAGAGAGAGCGCUGUGGCAGCAGAGGGUGGCAGGUAACAGUCAGUUCUUCGGGACAAGCAAGGUGUUUGGGAGGCUUCUUCUUUGGACAAACAAGUCACCACCUGGAGUCGAGGUCUGGACUUUCUGAAGCGACGUUGGCCUCCUCCCGUCUCCGACUUCGCCCACUGCCGACAAAACUGGCCUUGUCCACGAUCGGUCGGCGGGCGGACGACAGCAAUCGGACCAAAUAACACUCGCGUUUCAGAGUCGGAUCACGACAUGUAUGUGACUUGACGCAAGGAAAUUCAAAUCAAAAGUUGGAACGGACGGGAUUUCAGAUGACGAGAUGGUGAAAAUGCCCUCUUAGAUUGUUCUCUACCAGGCAAAAGAUCAGAGAGAUUGUGUUGAAUCAACAACGUAUCAUGUAACUCAUGUCGGUUGUUUCUCCUUCUCCUUCUCCUUCUCCUUGAAGUCCCAGGCCCGAAUGCCGGUGCGCGAGGUGAAUCGACAAUGACUCCUCC